AUGUUUCGCAGACUUGUAACGCCUAGAUUGCUCCGUCUGCGGCGUCAGCAGGGACUUUCGCGGCCAUACGCCAGCAAGGCCCCUGGUUCGGAAGAUCUACCUAGCGCGUGGAAGAUGGUUGGCGUUGCGGUGGUCAGCACGCUCAUCUUCGUGCAGGCGGCGAAGUCGAUUGACCGGAGCAAGCCGCAGACAGAGUUCAGCGAAGCGGAGUUCGAGAAGGUCCGCUCCGGCCUGAGGCGGCGGGUGACGGUGUUCAAGCCAGAUGAGCUGGAGGUGCUGGCGGUGCUUGCCGAUGUGCCCGUAGAGAAGAUCCGGGCGCCAGCGGGGGCCCGCGCCGUACGCGUGCAGCAGGCGCUGGAGCGGUUCCGCACCGACGAGCACGACAAAUACCACGCGCUAUUAGAGGAGUUGCAUGCUGUGCAUGGCGAUGACUACUCGGCGCACCUGCCCAAGGGUGCGCUGGUUGCGUUGAUGGGCCGCUAUCUGAAGGAGGUGUGCCAGGCUGGGGACAGCGUCGUGCUACUUGGGUUCCCACGGAACAUGCAGGAGGCCAUUCAGUUUGAAAGCGAAGUUGCUGUGAUUUCGGCGCUUGUGGCGCCACAGGGCAGUGAGGAGUCGCAGCUCGUGCAGUACUUCAAAACCGUUAACAAAGUCAUUACUGUUUGA